AUGGGAAACGACUCGGUAUAUAAUGACAGCUUCUUGUUCAUCAACAAAGAAGCCAAGGACAUCGGCGUUCGAGACAAGAAUCAGGAUUUCGCCGUCAGAUCUCAUGUCAACCGCCAUACAGGCGAUGGCAAAGAAGGCUUAGGGACAAGGUACUCAAGCCGAACGAUACAUUUUCCAGACGUUGGCCUCGAGCCAGCAGCAGCUCCUUCAGCACCCUUGCUCCAAAACAAAAGCUUCCGCUUCACAGUGAGCGUAUAUCAACUAGACUUCAACCACGCGCUCCUGCGCCACAAAGUACUACAUCCACAUGGCGUGCAGGACGCGCUCCUGCUGCUCAAGAAAGACUCAAAGAAGCGCAAACCACAAGACUUAUUCGAGACCAUCCUCUCCGCGGCCCGGCUCGAAAUCCUUCUGUGGACCCGCUGUCUCUUCUGGGAAAUGGUAGCUCUGACCCCUUUCCUGCUGCAGCUCUUCCGAUCACUGCACUUCAUCACGAUCUCAUUCGCUUCUGGGAACACCGUUUCUACAUGGACGCAACUUCAUGCGAUUUUCGCCAGUGCACUGACAUACAUGCUUCGAACAAUGCCUCCUUCCCAGGACCAAAGGAAGGCAUCUUCGAUGGCGUACGAGCACAAAGUUGCGUGCCUAUCUUCGCUGAGAAGCUUGAUGGCUCAAUCCAUCCUCGGUCCUGGAACAUUGAGAGCGAUUUACCUGGCUGCCAUGAUGCAUUUCUUUGCUGGGGAGGUCAACGAGUGCGACCUUCACGCCAAAGCCAUGUUCACCAUUUUCAGUCGCCUAGGUGGCUUACGCCGUCUCGAUCAAACUUUGGCUUUGAGACUCGUGAUGCUCGACACAAUGCUUGCUCAUGGGGUCCUGCAGCGGCCGAGAUUCUCGACUUCGGAAUGGGAUCCUGGCGCUUGUUCAAAGCAACCAUUCGUGGCAUCUUCCCGGCUUUCGUCAACCCUGCACUUGGAGGAUUACAUGUCGCAGGACUCACCAGUCCAUCCUGACAUCUCGUUCGGAAUGCAGCACUAUCUGAAAGGCCAUCGAGAAGUGCUCUGUGGUGGACACCUUGCUCAACAAUUAGGACGAACCUCGACACGAGCGACCCAGACGUCGACCAUGCUCAGCGACGGGAUUCAGCAAUGGAUCCUCGUACGGCGGUAUGCUGUUUCUGCUCACUACGUUUCACUCUACCAUGACAUACCCCGAUGGGAAUCUUCUUCAUGGGAAGCGAAAUCUUACAGCGCUGUCAACGUCGACUUGCAACAAUCGCUUUGUCUAACAAUUGAAUAUUGCCAACGCGUCAUCUUCCUGUGCGCCUGGGAGAGGGUCGCCGUGUACAUCCCGUUUCAUCAUCUGAGAAUUUCACUGACUCGGCUUUUGCGCAGCAUGACAGACGCUGCCUGUCUGGAACACGGAGAGGCAUUGCUUUUCUUGUUCUUUGUCGGUGCUGUGGGUGAAGAAUUGGCGCUUGUCGAUUCCGGGAAUACGACGACGACGACGGCAGCAACACCUGCAGGUCUGUCAGAUCGAUGGUUCUCGAAACAUAUGGCGACUGUUGCCGUCAAACUUGGGUCUGUCGAAUUUGAUGCAACCAAGGCCUUGCUGAGUCGGUUCCUAUACGACGCCGUUGCUUUGGAUCAGACACUGGAAGCUCUUAUCGCGAAAAGGGAUGAAUUCCUGCAAGAAGCGCCAGACUGACUGCCUUGACACGAAUCAACUACUCGUAUUCCGUACGGGUUUAUCCCUUGCCGUGGCUUUCGCUUUCGCUUUUGCUUCCGAAAAUGAGGACAUCGGGCGGGGACAUUUUGCCGAAUUUACGUGUCAUGGUGCCCAGUGACACGAUAAGGAGAACCGAAGCCAGACGAGUACGAGGAAUAAACUUUCCGUGGCCGGGACACUGUCACUUAG